AUGCCAAAAGACCGAGAAAGAUCGCAUGAAGACAAAGACCGAGAGAAAAGAUCAUAUUCUAGGUCUUCAUCAUCCCGUCACCGGCGCCCUAAACAUAGCAGUGGACGUCGGGAAAGCUCACGAGAGCAUCGCAGGCAUAGACCGUAUCAACGCGAAAAAGAUUCUCUGUCGUCGACGCAUAUUUACUUUACAGGAUCGGACAUAACUCCCUCCGUUUCAGUUCACACGGAUCACGUAACACUCGCGUCUAACUUGAGUUCGUUAGUAAACACACAGGAUGGCAUGCUAGAAAUCUUUGAAAAUUGCUGUCAGAUGUUGGAGCGAUUACGCCAAGAUCAGGCUACCAAUUCUGCACUUUGGCGAAGCAGUUCUUCGUCUUCAAGUGACGGUUCGAGGCACCGGGGAGCUAAUAAGUCUAAUUUAGUUCCAGUGCCUCUAACAGCUACAAAGAAAUCUAAACCGAGGUGAGGUUGUGUACGCCAUUGAGCUAUGUUGUGAAGGCAAACUCAACCACCCGGAAGGGAAGUUCAGAUAUUAUAUUUUACUGGUACUUUAGCAGGGUCCCAAGUCCCUAUUGUCUCCAAUAUUAUUUGGGUCUAUUUUUUUUCGUUGUAAAGUUUUUAUUUUAUGGGCAGAGAAAUAUUCAAAGUCUUUUAGAGAUGGUUAUGGAAGUUCUAUACCAUUGCCUUUUGGUGUGGAUUGGUGACUGCUAAGCAUUGGAUUGUGGAACAGAGAUGCUGUUUAGAUUUGUAUAGCAAGAUAACUUUUACCAAGUUUCCUGUUGUUGUUGUUGUUGUUGUUGUUUUUUGCACGGUCAAAUCGACUUUCUUGAAUCCUCCCAAUACAACUGUAUAUUCAGCCAGUGCUAUCUACUGUAUGCAAGCAGCUCUCACAAUUUGCUGCUCCGGGCUGCUUCUUACUGGUCUGAGUUUAUGAUUUGUUGGAGGAUGACUUGCCUGGAUCCUUAAACCCUAAAAUCAAAAUUUGAAUUCUCAUAUGUUGCCCCUAUUCAUUUCCUAAAGAAGUACUGCGGAGAAGUUGAUAACCAUCAAACAAUUCAUGUUGUGUGAUCAUGUCCGUAAUUCUCAUGACCACUCUGUUUUACAAAGCAUUGAUAUUACAAGGAGAAAUCUGAUGCUGAUAACUCUUAGAAAAUGUACUUGUCCCAGACUACCAGAGGGGACCUUUCUCGAGCCCUAGGGAAAGAUGAAUAUGAAUGAAAAUAUGAAAAUUAAUAUUUCUCUAUUUCAUCUAUGAAAUUCAUUUAUUCAUCAUUUCAAAGUGACUAUAUAAGACAGACAAUAAAAUUUAUUUAAUGAACCUGUCAUGUGGAUCAACUAAACAAAAUGUAUUUUGUUAUAUUAUUUCUUUUGUCUUGAUGCAGUUUUAGCCAGAUAAUGGAGCUACGCAAAGUAACAGAUCUUGUUCCGGCUGCACAGACCAAACAACAGCUGCAUCAAAAAUUGUUGUCCCAUUCUGAAGCGAAACUUGAAUCCAUUGACAUUUCCUUGUUCUGCCCCCUCACUCAUUCACGAAUCGUAACCCCAGUGAGAGGAAAGAAAUGCAGACAUGUUCACUGUUUUGACGGCGAGGCCUUUUGCAAUUUGAUGUGGGAGAAAGACGUUGCAAAGUGGAAGUGCCCAGUAAGUAGUACGUACCAAAACAAUCCUCACGGGAUUCAAGUAGUACCCACCAAAACAUUAGGGAGUUUAAGAUACCAUGAUGGUGACGGCUAUGAAAAUGUCACUUAAAAAGUGAAUUAAUUGCGUUCUUUGAAUCUCAUUGUGAUUUCUCCAACUCAUUAACUUUGUCAAAUGCAAAGCGAACUUUUUUUUAGCCGAAUUCCUAAGAACCAUAAUCAAGUUCAGAAAGAGAAAGAAAAUUUAGCCGUUGCUUGUUUAGGUCCUCCAUAAAGCGUGACAUUAGGCAUUUUUCCGUCGUAGUCGUGCAGUGAUGGCAAAGAAAUGUACAAAAAAGUCUGUUGCACAUGCAGAGUUGUUGUUUUCCUUAUUCAACCAUUUUGCUUUUUUGACGUUCUCGUUGUCAGCGUCGUGGCUUCUUAAAGUCCCUAUAAAUGGACUGUGUGAUACAGACGGAAGCUACAAGACUAAAAUCUGAGACUUUGAGACUAGAAUUUAUUUCUUCAUAAAUGGAUAGAUUUUAAGGAAAUUGAAUAGCUGUAAUUGUGAGGAAGUAGACUGUGAUGAGUCAUUAUUUUUACGUUAGGUGUCAGUUGCAGUUCAAUAGGUCAGAUAUUGCUAUCCACCAGGUCCUGGUUGUUCAACACUGGGUAGCGCUAUCCACCAAAUAAAUCACUAUUGGGCGGAUAAGUAUUAGGGAAGCCAAUUGCAUUAUCCACUCAAUUAGAGAUUUAUCCAGUGAAUAGCUUCAUCUACCUUUUGAACAACUGGGGCCAGACCCACCCAAGUGUGAAAGUUCAAGCAAUUUCACAGUAACUUGUUCGGGUAGAACUGUUAUUCUGUCAAGAGAGAGUCUCUUUAGUAAGAAAACUGGACUGAGAGUUUCUGUUUGAUUUUUGUUUUGGUUUGUUUUUUUUUUGUCACAUUACAAAAAAUAUAAAAUGAUUUCAUUUGAUUUAAGUUUUCAUUUCAGAUAUUCAUUUUCCCGGAAAGGGAAUGUGAGGUUUACUUACUGUUCAAAUUCUUGCUAAUUAAGUGUUGCGAUGAUCACUUAUAUUUGGACAAGAAAGCUUAGAAAGUUACUUGUACAGUAACAAAAAAUCCUUUUAAUGACUGGAUGGGGCUUUUUUAAGCUCUGAAACAAAUCUUUGGGUUUUCUAUAUUACACCAAGUUUAAAACUAAGCAUUUUAUAAAUCUGCAGAUUUGUAAAGGUCCAACGCCACUGGCUGAGUUGAUUGUGGAUGGAUUAAUUCUCGACAUCCUAGCAUCAGUUCCAGAGGACGUGAAAAGUGUGGAGUUCACAUCUGAUGGAUUCUGGAGAUUGAAGCAAGGAGCUUCACUACCCUCUGCAAACACAUCUUCAAUCAGCUUGAACUAUAAACAAGGAAAUAAUGAGGUCAUUGACCUUACCUUUGACACCCCAGAGAAAGUAAUUAUCAAGAAAAAUACUUUAGUCAGCAAUACCACUCCCCCUGUUAUUGAUCUGACUUUGUCUCCUUGAGAUAUAGUCAGAUCAGUCAAAUACUUGCUAGUGCUUUGUAAGUGACCGGUACAAUGAGCCACUGUCAUUAGUGUGUGUUUCAGUAAAACACCUAGCCUGUGAACAGGCCUUCUAGCCUUGCAUGGAUAGAACCUGGAUAGUGCUAACCAGUGUGUAAGCAUUAGAGAAAGCUGUUUUGUUGUCCACUGGAUAGUGGUUUGUCAAGUGGAUAGUACUAUCUGCGUUGUAAACAACUUGUUGGAAUAAGAAGGAAAAGUAAUUUGAAGGGGUGUAAUCACUUUUUGCCCUAUCCCUCAGUGGUAGGGGUACCUAUUCACAGGCUAAAAGCACCAUAAAAAUGCCUACAACACGGACUAAGGAGAGAAGGGAACUGCUUACUGAAGCAAUUGACCUAUGUUACAGGUAACCGAACAGGAGGCAUGGUCAGGAAUUAGGAAUAAAAAGCAACUAUCCCCUGAAGGGGAGUAUGAACCAACCCUGAGAGGGCUAGUUGUUUUAGUAUUUACCAAAUCAGUUGGAUAAAAAUCAAAAAGGAACUUUUUGUAAACAGAAGAUGUCACUUUGUUAGAGUUUGUUUAUGUUUCAAUUGACAGUGUUUUGGGAUCAUUUUUUAAUGAUUUUUUUGCAAAUUCAGAUUUUGGAAAAUUUUUUUCUACCGACCAGUAAACACCAACAAGCCAAAUUUUGUCUCUUUAUUGGUAUUUGUUGGCACAGCUGCUUCAUUUACCGCUAAAAUUUCAAACACCAACAAGCCAAAUUUUGUCUCUUUAUUGGUAUUUGUUGGCACAGCUGCUUCAUUUACCGCUAAAAUUUCAUCUUUCAAAACUGUCGCGAAACGAGAGGCCAUUCUGAAUCCCAUCCCAUAACAGUGAAUAUCCAAGGAUAUUCCGAAUUGCAGAAGCCAAUUAGAACACGCAAAAAUUGCUAUUCACUGAUUUGGUGACUACUAAGAUGUAAUAUAAUCCCGCUUUCUAUUCAUCCUUUUUCUUCUUUUGUGGUCUUGACUUCUAAAACUGUUCACCUAUGCUGGAAUCUAACGGAGGGUUACUUGUAAGCCCUCUGCAGCUUAGGGUCAUGUGACCUUUAUCUUAUGCCUAAAUUAGGGGAUACAAUCCUAAAUAUACCAGAGAUUGAAAGAGAGCAAAAUAAUUUUGGGGGUCUGUGGGUAAAAUAUCUUAACAGUCUGAUUUUAUGGAUUGAGCAACUAAGAAAGUGACAUACAUGUACACAUCAAUGGAAAACGUUACUGCACCACACACCUUGUGUUCCAACAAUUAUUUUCCUUGCAAACCCUUUCUUAAGCCUCAUACUUUUUCCAUGAAGCAGGUCAUGUGACCCUGAACUGAUGGGCUUGUUUACUAAAACAAAAUGCUCACAUUGUAGGUUAAAUUUAUAACAAAUUUAAUGACUAAGAAAAGUGUUUUGUUCAGUAAGUGUUAUAAGUUAUGAUGAUACUUGGUUGUUUUUCCUCACAAUGUGCUCAUCAGUGGCACAGCUUCAGUGUGUUAAAAUUUGUGCAAAAGAUGUGCAAGGUGUGACACACCCAAGAAGGUUGUUUAGGCAAAUAAAAAUACAAGUCAAGCCAAAGUAUACUCCAACUAAAUAUCAGUUGAAAUAUCUUCUAUUUCUGUUUUCCCUUUCUUCCUCAACAGAUGGCAAAGUGAAAAUUCACCGAAAAAUUUCAAAUUCCUGUUUGAAAAAUCUUAAGAAAUAAAUAGUUGUAAGCGAAAUUUUUACCCAAGGCGUUUCAUUUGAAUGGUAACACCAUAGGAUGUUGUCCACAGAUUCAGAAGUCAGAAGUACACACUGACUAGCAGCUACAUGUGAAGGUACUACUGAAGAGGUUUGAUAUGAUUGGUCAGUCUAUAGGAUUUCAUCCACAGACUCAAUAAGAACUACAUGUGAAAUAAGUAAGAACUACAUGUGAAAGUGCAGAGAAAGCAGAACACUUUUUCAUGUGGGGGAAGAGGAAUAUCUGACUAGUGACUUCAAGUGGUG